CAAAUAUGAAAAUGAAUCUUCAUCCAAAAGCUCUCUUCUCAGUUCUCCCUCUCUUGGUUUUCGUUUGAUGUUCCACGUUGAUCUCCGCAUCUCGACCGUCAAAAACCAAUUCUUCGAAUUCGAGCGGAAACUUUUCUCCACAGUCACGUCUGCAUCUUCUUCAUCUUCUUCCGAGACGCAGACUUUGAUUGUUUCGAAGAACACUGUAAUUUUCUUCUGAAAUGCACGGACGGCCGCGCAAGCCUCUGAAACCGGAGGAAGAAGAAGCUUCGGCGGCGGAAGCCGCAAAGCUUCGCUCUCUUCAAUCUCAAUUGCUCGCGAAUCACCACCAAAAGAACUAUGCUAAGGAAGCUCUUGAUGUCAGUGCUAAGGUGCUGGAAAUGAAUCCGGAUCUGUAUACGGCUUGGAACUAUAGGAAACUUGCGGUAGAACACUAUCUGAAGGAAUCUCCAUCAGAUACCGAGUCGAUCAAAGCGAUUCUCAAUGAGGAGCUUAGAGUAGCUGAAAGCGCACUCCGUCAGAAUGUCAAGUCAUACGGCGCGUGGUAUCAUCGUAAGUGGAUCUUGAGCAAGGGGCAUUCGUCCACCGAUCAUGAGUUGCGACUUCUUGGAAAGUUUCAGAAACUCGACGCUAGGAAUUUUCAUGCAUGGAAUUACAGAAGAUUUGUGGCAGCGUUAGUGAACAUACCCGAGGAGGAUGAAUUGAAUUAUACAACAAAUAUGAUAGACACAAAUUUCAGCAAUUAUUCGGCGUGGCAUAAUCGCAGUGCGCUUCUUGGUAAAUUGCUGAACAAAAAAGCUGAAUGUUAUUUCCCAGUGGAAAAGGUGUUAAACGAAGAGUAUGAUCUCGUGCACCAAGCUAUUUUCACUGAUCCAGAUGAUCAAAGUGGUUGGUUUUAUCAUCUAUGGCUUCUGGAUCAAACAGUGAAAACAAAUGCUCCGAGUCUUGUUUCUUCUUGGCCACCCCACAGUUAUAAUGUUGCAUUAUCAAGAACUGGAUGUCUCGACGAUCACACCCUAUCUCCACUUAAUAGUUUCCAUUCUGAUUCAGGAACAUUUCCCCUCAUUCUUUAUUUCGAUCAACCUGUUCAAGGUAUCGACUCAUCUUCAGUGUCUGUUAAAUCUACAGCUAAUUUAAUAGGAGGUCUUAUUUGGAAACCACUCUCAAAAUGUAAUUGCGAUGCUGCAAAGGCUUGGGUUAGCCAUCUGGUUUUUCUUGAAGAAGAGCUCAAUUCUUCUGAAUUUUAUUCAGUGGAAGUCAGUCUUGGACAUUCUGAGAAAAUAGCAUCUGCAAGUGGUUCUCAUUAUGUGAAACCAACUAGUUUUUCUUUUAAAGUGGCUGUGCAUUUCGGAAAAACACCUAUCGGAGAUUGUAGUAAUGAAGGGAUCUGGUGGAAGGAUGAAAACUUUUCUAGUUGUGGAAUUAGUUCUCAGAAUUUUCCGUUUGUUUCCUCUGAUAAUCCAACCAUUGAGGAUAAUUAUGCUGCUUCUAGUUCUGAAUGGUGUGCCGAGAUUAUAAGUAACGAAAUAGCUCUUUUCCGAGAAUUAUUAUCGGAGACUGACUGUAAAAUUGGAAAGCUCACUCUUGCAAGAUUGUUGAUGGCUCAUGCUGCAACAUUGUCUCCACAUGCGAAUAAAAUGGUCCAACUUGAGGAAGUUCUCGAACUUUACCAGGACCUGAUGAAGUUGGACCCAUCACAUUUUCACUACUACAAAGAUGAACACAGCUUAGUAUUAUUGCAGAAGGUGACUUCGACUAGGGAAUCUUUGUUAAGACACUGCUAUUGCUACAGAGACCAGACGUCACCAUAUAUUGGUAGCACUACCUGUCUACGGCUCAAUAAUUUAUCAAUUUCACGGAUGGGAUCUGUCGAAAAGUUACUAUGGGUUCAAGUGCUGGACUUAAGCCACAACGAACUUCGAUCAAUUGAAGGAUUGGAGGUCAUGCAGCGACUCUCUUGCUUGAGUUUGAGUAACAAUAAAAUCUGUAGUUUUACCACAUUGGAGCCUCUGAGACGUUUGAAGUCUUUAAAAGUUUUGGAUAUUUCACACAACGAGAUAGGUUCGCAUUCAGUCGACACGACCAGAUAUCUCUUCCCAUCUCCCAUGUCUCAUUCUGAGGAAAAUGCUUCGAGCAGUGAUAAUUUGGUAACUGAUUGUUCCGAUCUGGCAAGUUAUUGGGAAGCUUAUUAUCUAUUCAAAGAUCUAAGCUUGACUCAGUUAGACAUUGAGGGAAACGUGAUAUGUAGUGAAAGGUUUAAGGCAUUUCUGGUCAAGGUUCUUCCCAAACUAUGCUGGCUCGAUGGAAAACAAGUACAGUAGAAGUAUUUAAUUUUUGGUUAUAUCCAGUUCCAUAGAUCCUCUUCUGAACAUAAAACGGUACACAGACCGUGAACAAAAGCAUCAUUUUCUUUUCCAUGGAAGGGGGGUCAAGGUUUGAGGAUUGGGGUUAUUGCAUCCCAAUCAUCCAAGGACCAUGGUGACCAAGGUGAUCACUCGAUGACUAGUUGGUCGCCCGUGAAAAAUUAGCGAGAUUUUUGGAGCUUAUAGACAUACAUAUACGCAUGGAGAUGGCAGGUUUGACGGGAACAACAGGAGUGAAUAUGUGGUUGUCCUUGUCCAAAUUGCUUUGAACUUCAUCAUCCUUAACCACUUGGAUUUCAACGUGUACUUAUAGUACUGUUCCUUGAGUUCUUGUAAUGCCAAAAUUUGAAGGGCUUUAAUUUAAUCAAAUUAUAUUGAGUUGAGAUGUGGCAGGCA